GCGUGGUUAUCCCAACCACAUCGAAAGGUGUCCAGGUCUUCCUGUAGGCGUGGCAGAAACACGUAGUGGCAACAGAAGAGAUGUACAAGACUCCCAAUGCUGAGAAAACCGCCCUCUUCAAGCGUGAGUGUAUUUCAAUGCAUGUCGGCCAGGCCGGAGUCCGGAUGGGCAAUGCAUGCUGGGAGUUGUAUUGCCUGGAGCACGGGAUCCAGCCUGACGGUCAGAUGGCCAGUGGCAAAACGCUUGGAGGAGGAGACGAUUCUUUCAACACAUUUUUCAGUGAGACAGGAGCCGGGAAAUAUGUGCCCAGAGCCGUCUUUGUCGACCUGGAGCCAACCCUCAUAGAUGAGGUGCGCAGUGGGACGCACCGACAGCUAUUCCACCCUGACCAGCUGAUCUCUGGGAAAGAGGACGCUGCCAAUAACUACGCCCGCGGGCACUACACAGUCGGCAAAGAGAUUAUUGAUGUCGUUCUUGACAGAACUCGCAAACUCGUGAGUAUGAGUCAAACCUUCUGUAUUAAAACAUUAAGUGCUUUCAUUAACUUGAACUUCCUCUUUCCGCAGGCUGACCAGUGCACAGGGCUGCAGGGCUUCCUGAUCUUCCACUCAUUUGGAGGAGGCACCGGUUCUGGCUUCACGUCUCUGCUGAUGGAGCGUCUCUCAGUCGACUACGGCAAAAAGUCCAAACUGGAGUUUGCGGUUUAUCCAGCUCCACAGGUGUCCACUGCUGUGGUGGAGCCCUACAACUCCAUCCUGACCACCCACGCCACUCUGGAGCACUCCGACUGCACCUUCAUGGUGGACAACGAGGCCAUCUACGACAUCUGCCGCAGAAACCUGGACAUCGAGCGUCCCACUUUCACCAACCUCAACAGGUUGAUCGGGCAGAUCGUGUCCUCCAUCACUGCCUCUCUGCGCUUCGACGGAGCUCUGAACGUCGAUCUGACAGAGUUUCAGACCAACUUGGUGCCCUACCCUCGCAUCCACUUCCCUCUAGCCACCUACGCUCCAGUCAUCUCUGCAGAGAAGGCCUACCACGAGCAGCUGACUGUCGCUAACAUCACAAACGCAUGCUUUGAACCAGCCAAUCAGAUGGUCAAGUGUGAUCCCCGUCAUGGUAAAUAUAUGGCCUGCUGUCUUUUGUAUCGUGGAGAUGUUGUUCCCAAAGAUGUCAACUCUGCCAUUGCCACCAUCAAAACCAAACGCAGCAUCCAGUUCGUGGACUGGUGCCCCACAGGCUUCAAAGUUGGGAUCAACUACCAGCCGCCCACAGUGGUGCCAGGAGGAGACCUGGCCAAAGUGCAGCGUGCGGUCUGCAUGUUGAGCAACACCACAGCCAUCGCUGAGGCCUGGGCUCGACUGGACCACAAGUUUGACCUGAUGUACGCCAAGAGGGCCUUCGUGCACUGGUACGUGGGCGAGGGCAUGGAGGAGGGAGAGUUCUCCGAGGCCAGAGAGGACAUGGCUGCUCUGGAGAAGGAUUAUGAAGAGGUGGGUUUGGACAGCGUCGAUGGAGAAGAGGAGGGAGAAGAAUAUUAAAACAUGUUUGUCUGCAAAUAAAGCUCAACUGUUCGUUUUAAUGAGCAUGUUCCUAAGCAGUGUCCAGUUUUUUUACCAAACUGAAGAAGAGGAGGGAGAAGAAUAUUGAAACAUGUUUGUCUGCAAAUAAAGCUCAACUGUUCGUUUUAAUGAGCAUGUUCCUAAGCAGUGUCCAGUUUUUUACCAAACUGAAGAAGAGGAGGGAGAAGAAUAUUAAAACAUGUUUGUCUGCAAAUAAAGCUCAACUGUUCGUUUUAAUGAGCAUGUUCCUAAGCAGUGUCCAGUUUUUUUUACCAAACUGAUUAAACAAGUUCAAACAAAAAAAAAAAUAAAUAAAUAAAUAAAGAGAAGAGGAGCAAUGCUGUGCAACUGGA